AUGGCUGGUCUGAUGUCUCAAUCACAAACCUCUCAAAACCCUCAACCUCAGAUGCUUCAACGGCGAAGAUCUUCCAAUCAGAUGCUUCCAACGCCUGAAAUGUCUCCAACAACAAUCUCUUCGAAUCCUCCACUGCACAACUCCGAAAUACAAAGUAAUCUGGUGUCUGAAGCUCAGGGAUAAGUGGAUUGACGACAAUGCACAGAUUCAACCCAAUCUCCAGAAAGAAAAUCUUUGCUAUCUUGAGACUCUGCUAAGGACACCAAACCGUCAUCAGUAGAUAACUGUCCUCUCUCCACUAAAACCUCAGCCACCAUAUACCAAAUGGAAAGGUUUGGUCAUCCCAAGUCGGGUUUGGUCCAGAAGAUUACAAAGAUCUUCACAAACAAAUUUGAUGAUGCAUACUAAAAUUAGAGUUGUGUGCCUCAGUCGUGAGCGGAGUAAUACUUCAUGGAAUUUGCGAAAGAGUACACCUAUGAUCCCUUAAUAACAUGGACGGUACAAACACAUUUUGUGGUGAUUUGUCAGAGGAGGAUGAAGAAUAUGGUCAGCAAAGCUCAUGUUCUUCAUGUGCAACAUACCUGGAUCAGCGAGACUAUUUGGACUGAAAUGUGCACCUACUGGGACAUUGAUGAAGCUAUACCGAGGAGUCAUACCACAUCUGAUGCUCGGAAUUCUGUCCGUGGCGGACUUGGUCCUCACAAGAACUUCACUAGGCAAAAGUCUUUUCAACAAAUUCACCAAGAAAUGGAAGGCGCAGAAGAUCGCAUAGACGUAUGAGAAGAACCUGCAAGCGAAGCUGUUCGAGUUCGAGGCAGAAACUUCAGAUGGGACUUCGUGACCUCGAGAGCUAACCACAAACAAGGACAACGACCUCUUUCUUCAGAGGCCUUGCUAAUGGUAUUGGAAGUCUCGGAGAGUCUCACGUUGGCGGCAAGCUCAAGUACCUGGGUAGCUCUUCGUCGUCUUCUCACGUGCUCCAACAACAACUCAAAGAAGCUCAAUGCCAAAUAGAAGCACAAGACGCUUAUAACGCGUGGCUUGAAACUGAGCUAGUGCGAUAAGCGGUUGAGCAGCACGACUUGAGCUUGAUGGAGCAAUAUCUUCAAAAAACUGACCCGGGAUACCUUGACUUCUGUGCUGCCCUAUCGGGUCCAACUCACUCUUCUUCUUAGGUUUCUAUCAUUUCAAACUCAAAUAUAAUAUUUGUAUUGUUUUUUGUUGUUUAGAUGGUUUCUUGUAAGACAAUUAGUGAUUUGAAAUUCACUACUUUUAUGUGCAUUAUAUACUUUAUUAGUAAUUUAUGUCUUAUAAGCCUUUUUUUAGAUUCAAAAUUUAUUAUUACAAACAAAAU